CCAAGUCGUCAUUUGAGCGGCCGUUCUUUACAGUAUCAAACCUUCACCGUCUACGGUUUCUACUGCCUUUAGGUUUUUCGCUCUCUUUCCUGUCUUUUCCAUGGUAUUCGCGUGAAGAGAGAGAGAGAGAGAGAGAGCACUUCGAAGCCAUGCCGACUGUUAGCGUUGGAAGGGAUCGUCUCUUUGAAGCCUUAGGGAAGACUUACACUCAAGAGGAGUUUGAAGAACUCUGCUUCGAUUUUGGAAUCGAGCUUGACGACGUUACAACAGAGAAGGCUAUUAUUAGGAAGGAAAAACAUUUGGAAGAAGGAGCUACUGAGGAUGAGGAGGUUAUCUACAAAAUCGAAGUUCCCGCCAACAGAUAUGAUUUGCUUUGCCUCGAAGGGCUUGUGCAAUCACUCCGCAUUUUCAAUGGGCUUGAUGAGAUUCCAAAUUAUAAGCUGUCCAAGGUUCCAAGUGACUCCAUGCUUAAAAUGCAUGUAAAACCCGAGACUUCGAUGAUUCGCCCCUUCAUUGUCUCUGCUGUUUUAAGAGGAGUUACUUUUGAUGAAGCGAGAUAUAACAGCUUUAUUGAUCUUCAAGACAGGCUCCAUCAGAAUAUUUGCCGGCGGAGGACUUUAGUUGCCAUUGGCACUCAUGAUUUGGAUACAAUACAAGGUCCUUUUACAUAUGAGGCUUUGCCGCCACAAGAUAUAAACUUUGUGCCACUGAAACAGGUGAAAAAUUUCAGGGCUGAUGAGCUAAUGGAAUUUUACAAAUCUGAUAUGAAACUGAAGAAAUUCUUACACAUAAUUGAGAACUCACCAGUGUUUCCAGUCAUAUAUGACCGCAACAGAAACGUGGUAUCCCUACCUCCAAUUAUUAAUGGUGCACAUUCUGCAAUUACAUUAAAGACGAAGAAUGUUUUAAUUGAAUGUACAGGCACAGAUUUAACAAAGGCCAAUAUUGUCUUGAACACAAUGGUGACAAUGUUUUCUGUGUACUGUGCAAGAAAAUUUGAGGUUGAACCACUUGAAGUGGUAUACUCUGAUGGGAAGUCAUAUAUCUCUCCCGAUCUAUCAGUUUCCGAUUUUGAGGUUCCUUUGUCUUACAUCACUGGUUCCAUAGGGGUUUCUUUAGAGGCGAGCCAGGUCUGCAGUUUGUUGAACAAGAUGCAAUUGCAUGCGGAAAAAUCCAUAUCAAAGGAGGAAUGCAGAAUCCUUGUAUCAGCACCUCCAACCAGAAGUGAUGUUCUCCAUGCUUGUGAUAUCAUGGAGGAUGUUGCUAUUGCAUAUGGGUACAAUAAAAUUCCAAAGAGGAAGCCUGCAUCUUUGAAGUCUGUUGCUUUGAAUCAAAUUAGCGAGCUUAUCAGAUUGGAGAUUGCAAUGAAUGGUUUCACGGAGGUGCUAACAUGGAUAUUGUGCUCAUACAAAGAAAAUUUCUCCAUGUUGAACCGUAAAGAUGACCAAUUGACAGCUUCAAUCAUCGCAAAUCCUCGUUCAGCUGAUUUUGAGAUGUCUCGAACUAGUCUCAUGCCAGGCAUAUUGAAAACUGUUGGGCACAACAAAGACCAUCCCAAACCCAUAAAGAUAUUUGAAGUGGGUGACGUAGUCGUAUUGGAUGAGGCAAAAGAUGUUGGUGCAAGAAAUCGUCGCCAACUUGCAGCACUGUAUUGUGGUGCUAAUUCAGGGUUUGAGUUAAUUCAUUCCCUAGUGGACAGAAUCAUGGAAGUCCUUGGGACUCCUUUUGUUCCUAUUGGAGACGAUAUGGGUUACCAUAUUAGGCAAUCGGAUGAACCUGAAUUUCUUCCCGGUAGACAAGCUAGCAUAAUUUUCAGAGGAAAGCACAUAGGAAUCUUUGGGAUUGUGCACCCAGAGGUCUUGACUAACUUCGACAUCCCAGACCCUUGUUCCUUCAUGGAACUUAACAUUGAAUCCGUUUUAUAGGAUAAGCUCCAUGGCCCAGUGAAGCAUGUCUCGAAGAACGAGCUGUGCAACGAUGCAGGGAUAUAGCAAGUAAGCGCUUCCAUCCUCAACCAAGUCAUUGAAAGUUGCAGGUAGUAUUCUAUUGUUGUCACUGGUUUUUGGAAUGGAAAUUCAGAGCUGUAAAAGGAAUAUAAUUGGAAUAUGGAUAGCCAGUGAAUAUGUUAUGUGAUUCAUUCAUGGAUGAACUAUUAGAUUUUUUUUUUCUUUAGGGUUGAACAGUGUUGGAAAUUCAGAUCAUUUUUGUAUCUUGGGAGGAAAUAGAGGAGGGGAAAGAGUAUAAGGGAGAAUCGAUGGUUUGCAAGUUUUGAUGCACAUUCUUCUUACCGAUGCCAUUGUAAUCAAGUUGAGAACUACUAAUAUAAGAAUUCUGCUUUCCCU